GUCAGAAGCAGCAUCUGGUCUCUUUUCUCUCCCAGCGUCAAGAAGAUGUUUGCAACGAUGCUGGAGAUAUUUCCAGUUCUAGCCAUCCUUACAGGCCACGUCAGCGGCGUUGUGGUGACCGUCCCCGAGAAGACAGUGAAUGUCACUGCAGGUGGAAACGCAACCCUCCUCUGUACAUACACCAGUUCUGGACCGCUGGGAAAUUUCUUUAUUCAGUGGAGCUUUUACAGUGCCAAAGAGAGCCAACUGCAUACCAUCUAUUAUUAUUCAGAAGGCCAGUCUUACUCCUAUGGAGAGUUUAAGAACAGGAUAACAGCUGCAACAAGUCCAGGGAAUGCAUCAAUAACAAUCUCCAACAUGCAGCCCUCAGACACUGGUUCCUACACCUGUGAAGUUUUCAGCCCACAGGGUGACGCCGGACAGAGUCAAAAGUCUGUGAUUGUCAGUGUGCUGGUCAAACCGUCAAAACCUUUCUGCAAAAUAGAAGGAACGCCUGAAAAAGGCCAUCUAAUCUACCUCUUAUGCAAAUGUGACGAAGGAUUGCCUCGCCCUACCUACCACUGGUACAAAGUAGAUGAGAAUAGCCUCAAGCCUGUGACUGAACAACUUAAUCCAAACACUGGCAUUCUUUACAUUGGCAAUCUCACCACCUUUGAAACUGGGUAUUACCGGUGCAUAGCCAGCAACGUCCUGGGGAACAGCACCUGUGAGCUCGACCUAACUGCAAAACACGGUGGUAUUGUUGCUGGAGCUUUGAUUGGAGCAAUUGUGGCAGCUGCGAUCAUUUGCAUUAUCGUCUGGGUCUUAACCAAGAAGGCAAAGAAUAAGAGGUCACCACGAAAUGAGAUGCAAGAAAUGGCUCAGAAACAAUCCAAUGCAGAGUAUGCUCAGGUACCUAAUGAAGAAAACAUUCCUGUGACCACAGUUCCACCAAGCAAUGCGACAAAUGAAUACGCUAGUGUUGAUGGAACGGCAGCCUCUGGAACACCUGAGAACGAUGAGAAGCAAGAAGCAGAAAAAGAAGAAAUAGCCUAG